AUCCAGCCCCACAACUAAAGUUACAACAACUUCCUCGCAUAAUAUCUACGGCCUAGAUUUUAUCUGACAACCUUUUACAUCAAUCAACGGUGUUGAUCUAAAGUUACUAGUUCUUGCCAAGGUUUAGCACUCCCUUUCCUGCACACUUUCUCUAAAACUAUCACAACUCUUGUUUGUCUUCUGUGUUUGUGCUUUAGUUUCUCUUGUUCAGUUCGUCAAGUUCAUUUUUCUGAUAAAAAUGGGAGCCAAAUUGUAUGAAGUCGCUGUCUCACUGUUCUUUUCGUCCCUCUUGCUUCCUUUGGUUUUUUGUGAAUCAAAUGAUGGGUUGCUUAGAAUCGGACUGAAGAAAUUGAAAUAUGAUCAGAACAGCCAUAUUGCACGACGUUUUGAUUCCAAGGAAGGGAAGUCCCUUGCACAAUCCUUGGGAAGAGGUAAAUUUGGGAACAAACUUGGAGACUCUGAAGAUACUGAUAUCGUCGCACUUAAAAACUACAUGGAUGCUCAGUACUUUGGUGAGAUUGCUGUUGGUACUCCCCCUCAAAAGUUUACUGUGAUUUUCGACACUGGCAGCUCUAAUCUCUGGGUGCCAUCAGCGAAGUGCCACUUCUCCGUUGCAUGUUUUUUGCAUGCAAAGUAUAAGGCAGCGCAAUCAAGUACCUACAAGAAAAAUGGUACAUCUGCUGCUAUUCAUUAUGGUACUGGAGCUAUAUCUGGAUUUUUCAGUCAGGACAAUGUCAAAGUUGGUCAUCUAACUGUCAAGAAUCAGGAUUUUAUUGAAGCCACGAGGGAGCCUGGUAUCACAUUCUUGGCAGCUAAGUUUGAUGGUAUACUUGGGCUUGGGUUUCAAGAGAUAUCUGUUGGAAAAGCUGUUCCUGUCUGGUAUAAUAUGGUGGAACAAGGUCUUGUUGAGGAGCCAGUUUUCUCAUUUUGGCUAAAUCGACACACGGAGGAAGAGGAAGGGGGUGAAAUUGUGUUUGGUGGGGUUGAUUCAAAACAUUACGAAGGUGAGCACACUUAUGUUCCAGUCACGCAGAAAGGUUAUUGGCAGUUUAAAAUGGGCGACGUACUCAUUGAUGGAAAAGAAACUGGUUACUGUAAAGAAGGUUGCUCCGCAAUUGCCGAUUCUGGUACUUCGUUGUUAGCAGGUCCAACGACUGUUAUCACUAUGAUAAAUCAUGCGAUUGGGGCAGUUGGUGUUGUUAGCCAGGAAUGCAAAAAUGUUGUUGAUCAAUAUGGGCAGAAAAUUAUGGAUAUGCUGUUAGCAGAGGCACAACCAAAAAAGAUAUGCUCCCAGAUUGGUUUGUGUACCUUUGACGGAACUCGUGGUGUUAGUAUGGGAAUUGAGAGUGUAGUUGACGAAGGAAACGGGAUGUGGUCCGGGCGUAAUGAUGCCAUGUGCUCCACCUGUGAAAUGACAGUGGUGUGGAUGCAAAAUCAACUGAGGCAAAACCAGACCCAGGAUCGUAUUCUAAACUAUGUUAAUGAGCUUUGUGAGCGGUUGCCUAGCCCUAUGGGAGAAUCAAGUGUUGAUUGUAGCAAAAUUUCUACGAUGCCUAGUGUCUCGUUUACCAUUGGUGACAAAGUAUUCAAUCUUCCUGCUAAGCAGUACAUACUGAAAGUUGGUGAGGGAAAAGCUGCUCAAUGCAUUAGUGGAUUUACUGCUUUGGAUAUUCCUCCUCCUCGUGGACCUCUUUGGAUCUUGGGAGAUGUCUUCAUGGGUUACUAUCAUACCGUAUUUGAUCAUGGAAAGGCAAGAGUGGGUUUUGCCAAAGCGGCAUAGAUAAAUGUGCCCAUAGGGCCUCUAGUCCUUUAUACCAAUGUUUGUUAUAAGUAAAAUAACUAAGCAAGCUAGCCCUCUAGAGCUAUUGCAGCGGAUACAGCUGAAGACACUGAAAUAUGUCCUGUAAAUCUACCUAAACUAUUGUCUCGGUUGAUCUAGCUGUAGACGUCUACAGGCAAUAGCUAGUGAUAUAUUGUGCUUGAUGUGUUAAUCCAGUGUUGUUCGUUUUUUGUUUUA